AUGUUUUAUGGUAAAUUCCAGGACUAUGUAAAGUGUUUGUUGCUGGUCCCUGACGUGGAGAGCCUUGCAUUAACAAGCCCUCUGAUUGGAGGGCUCCCUGGGAGCUCUCUCCUGAUUGGCUCACAGGCUGCUUCUCUGCAGCUAGUGCAGAUCCAGGCGCAGCUGGGACAGUUGAACAGCCCUUUGACUGUUAGCGGCAGAGCUAACUCCAGCGUUGCCGCUCCUUCACCCACUGCAGCUGCCAUCAGUCUCCUGAACCUGCUGAAGAUCGCCAACAACAUGUACAACCCGUACGGGAACCAGUGGCCGGGCCAAGGUCCCUACGGAGCCAACCAGAACUCUGAACGUGACCCUGGAAUGGGGACCUCCAACGUGGCCUAUCCCAACAUGGCCCAACCCAACGUGGCCCAACCCAACGUAGCCUAUCCCAACAUGGCCCAACCCAACGUGGCCUAUCCCAACAUGGCCCAACCCAACGUGGCCUAUCCCAACAUGGCCCAACCCAGCUUGGGGUCCUUCAACCCUCCUGGAGCCCCAGGGUCUGCAAACCCUCGGCCCAACAUGUACUCCCAGCCCCCGUCCUACAGAGCAGAGCAGAGCACAGUGGAGAUGGAGAGGAGCCUGGACCAGCAGCUGAGCCGAGCGCGUGAAGAGGUCCGUCGACUGUCGCAGCCGCCCCCUCAGAGAGAUGAUGCUUACUCUCCAUAUUCCAGCUACUCCUCCCCUGCCCCCGCUCCCUCCAGCCACCAGAGCCUUGGACUAGACAGUGGUGUUGGUGGAUCUCUGAGUUGGCUUUUGAACCUGAGCAAGCCGUCCUCAGUUGAACCGCGCCCAGUUCCGCACCCCUCUGUGAACUUCCUGAGCAGUGGAGAUGCUCCGAGGGGCCGCAGUGACUCUUCUAUUCCAGGACUGGGAGACUAUGCAGACCAAGACAAGCCUCCACCUGAAACCAAAGACCCCGCUCCUGCCAAGUACAACGCAGAGACAGCUGCCAACAUCCUCCGCCAUUUUAAGCUGGAGAAGGAAGAUCUUGAGCAGUUGAUCUCUUACCCUGAGAAUGAAAUCACACCUGAUAAUUUGCCGCUGAUCCUGCGGCAGAUUGCUAUGGACAAGAACAGGAAGGCUGCAACAGCACCCUCCUCUUACAAAGACUCUUUUCACCCGAGACUGGGAGGUGAUAGCCAAAACAAAGCAAUGGACUAUACAAAGAAAGACAUGCCAGCUUCCACAUCAAGUAGUGGAAUGGACCAUGAUAAGGACCGGUCAUACACCAGUAUUCCUCCAAUUCCAAGUAAAAUGGAAUUGGAAAAAGAUGCAUCGACUGUUUUGCAGCCGAGUAAGAUUAUUGAAUAUGGACAUACUGGGAAAUACAUGGGCAGUUCUGGAGCAUCGGAUAGUAAGGGUACGAUUGCAAGAGCGAUCCAAGGGAUAAUGAAAAUUGACACAGGUUUCAUAAGCAAACCUCUCCUGUCCACAUCUUCUACAACUCCGUCCACAGCUGCAAAGCCCAUUAGCAGUUUGGUAUCGCCACCACAAGACAAAGCUGGCCUCAAAAAGAGUUUCUCCUCAAUGUUUUCUUCAACUUUCACCCCUGCUGGGUCGAGCAGCAAGCCUUCCACUCAACCUCCUUCCAUAUUGAAAAACCCAACCCCAAUGAAAACGCCUCCCGCGACCACAGCGUUCAGCAUUCCCAAACAAGACACAGAUAUACGCCAGGUGGUGGAGGUCAAGCUGCAUUCUGGUGACACCAAGAAAACCAAAGAGCCAGUGCCUCAUCACAAACCCAUGGGACAGUCGGCCAAUGUGGUGAUUACGCCAACGAUGUCUCAGAGGACCGUGUUCAUGUCUGAUCCUCCCAACGUGUCGUCUAUUCCAACUCUCUCCAGCAACGCCACAGGACGCCCCACCAUCGUCCCGCCACUGAAGCAAAUGCCGCCUGCUGCUGCUCCAACAACGAAAGGGAAUUUGAUACCAGUAAAGCCAACGCCAACACCCCAAACGAAGGCCCAACCCAAACCCGAUCUCAAGGCCCAACCCAAGCCUCAAUCAAAACCACAACCGAAGCUCCAACCAAAACCAUCGAAGCCACAGUCAAAGCCGCAGUCAAAGCCAGCUCCAGCUCCAGCCAAGGCCUCCUCCUCGGUGAAGGGGUUGCCGACCUCCGCCAUGAUGGAGGACUACGCCGCUGCGACUCCGAGGAUCUUUCCACAUACCUGUUGUCUCUGUCACAAAGAAUGUGUCCAGAUGAAGGACUGGAUCUCGCACCAGAACUCCACCCUCCACAUCGACAAGUGCCAGUUCCUUCGCCUGAUAUAUCCAGAAUGGAAUGGAGAAGUCACUGCCAGAGACUUGGGGACAGUUCUCCCGCGGCACCAGGAGCAUCUCCGCCCUCGCUCUCGUUCUUCCAGCCCACAGCGCCGCCGGUCUCGCUCCACGCACCGCCACUCACGCAGAUGGAUGACCACCAUGACCCUCAUGACCACCAUGACCCUCAUGACCACCAUGACCCUCAUGACCACCGCGACCCUCAUGACCACCGUGACCCUCAUGACCACCAUGACCCUCAUGACCACCAUGACCCUCAUGACCACCGCGACCCUCAUGACCACCGUGACCCUCAUGACCACCGCGACCCUCAUGACCACCGUGACCCUCAUGACCACCGUGACCCUCAUGACCACCGUGACCCUCAUGACCACCGUGACCCUCAUGACCACCGUGACCCUCACGACCCUCAUGACCACCACGACCCUCAUGACCACCGUGACCCUCAUGACCACUGUGACCCUCAUGACCACCGUGACCCUCAUGACCACCGUGAUCCUCACCCUCAUGACCACCAUGACCCUCAUGACCACCACGACCCUCAUGACCACCGCGACCCUCAUGACCACCGCGACCCUCAUGACCACCACGACCCUCGUGACCACCAUGACCACCGUGACCCUCAUGACCACCACGACCCGCAUGACCACCACGACCCUCAUGACCACCACGACCCUCAUGACCACCGUGACCCUCAUGACCACCGUGACCCUCAUGACCACCGUGACCCUCAUGACCACCGUGACCCUCACAACCCUCAUGACCACCGCGACCCUCAUGACCACCGUGACCCUCAUGACCACCGUGACCCUCAUGACCACCGUGACCCUCACGACCCUCAUGACCACCACGACCCUCAUGACCACCGUGACCCUCAUGACCACCGUGACCCUCAUGACCACCGUGACCCUCAUGACCACCGUGACCCUCAUGACCACCGUGACCCUCGUGACCCUCAUGACCACCGUGACCCUCAUGACCACCGCGACCCUCAUGACCACCGCGACCCUCAUGACCACCACGACCCUCAUGACCACCGCGACCCUCAUGACCACCGUGACCCUCAUGACCACCGCGACCCUCAUGACCACCGCGACCCUCAUGACCACCACGACCCUCAUGACCACCGCGACCCUCAUGACCACCACGACCCUCAUGACCACCGUGACCCUCAUGACCACCGUGACCCUCAUGACCACCGUGACCCUCAUGACCACCGUGACCCUCACAACCCUCAUGACCACCGCGACCCUCAUGACCACCGUGACCCUCAUGACCACCGUGACCCUCAUGACCACCGCGACCCUCAUGACCACCAUGACCCUCAUGACCACCACGACCCUCAUGACCACCGUGACCCUCAUGACCCUCAUGACCACCGUGACCCUCAUGACCACCACGACCCUCAUGACCACCGUGACCCUCAUGACCCUCAUGACCACCGUGACCCUCAUGACCACCACGAUAACUGAGACCUUGCAACGCGUAGAAGUGAUGACGGAGACGCUCCCCCAGACGCUCACACACUUCAGAGGACCGCAGCCCCUCCCCUCAGAGGAGGAAGACCUCCCCACGAAGAUGCCCAUCACGAGAAAAUGUCUUGCAGCGUCGCAAGGCCUCACGCAGAAGCCCCUCCCCCCAGAGGAGGAAGACCCCCCCACGCAGAAGCCCCUCCCCCCAGAGGAGGAAGACCCCCCCACGCAGAAGCCCCUCCCCCCAGAGGAGGAAGACCUCCCCACGCAGAAGCCCCUCCCCCCAGAGGAAGAAGACCUCACCACACAGAAGCUUCUCCCCCCAGAGGAGGAGGCGCAGGAGCCGAGAGCGCGGGUCCUCCCCUGGGCGCUCCUCCAGAGGUCCCUGAGGUCCUACUCUCCUUCAAGACCAGCCAGGUUUCCAUGGAACCUGAGCGAGUCUCCAUCCGGAGUCCGUGACACUCGCCCGUCAGAGAAGACGUCUGCACAGAGGGAGCUGGAGCAGAUGACCCGCCAGGCGCUGGAGAGCUCAGCGGUGGGACCCCUCGCUGGCUCUGCGGACCUCCCGGCUCUGGCCCAGAUGCUGGUCCCUGUCAUCAUGUCACAGAUGCAGCAGAUGAAGCCCUCUGCUCCUCAGGUAGUGCCCCCUACAGGCCCCAAGAGAGUAGAGAAGAAGCCUGUGGCCAAGACCCUCACCCCUGGAUUUAAGACGGUGAAGCCCUCGACGAUGGUGCGUCUGGGCGGCAUCGUGUCGCCGCUUUCUCACGAUGACGUCAUGGCGUUCGCUGAGAAGUUUGGAAAAACCAAAUCUGUGCUACUGUUUCGGCAAAAAGACCAGGCUGUGGUGUGUUUCGAGAACGAGGAAGAUGCAAAGAAGCUGAGAAACAAAGUGGACAUAAAGAUCAAAGGCCAUCCGGUGUUGCUGGUCAAAUACAAGGAGACGUACCAGGAGGUGAUGUCUGCGGCUCAGGGCAGUGACCCAGGAGCUGCCCCCAAGAAGAUCACCAAACCUAUAAAGUCCACCGUGAAAUCGAUUGCUGGGUCCAAAUCUGUUUCCAAAUGGUCGGGACCUAAAGCCACAGCAAACAAACCGCCUCCAGCGAGACCAGCACGAACCGGCAACUCUGCUGCGAAGAAAGAUCCAGCGCCAACGACCAAGAACACAAGAGGAACACAAGCUGCUGCUACAACGCCUCAGACCAUUUCCAAAAUCUCCAACAUCUCCAACCUCUCCACUGUUCCCACCAUCGGUUCCACUAACAUAGGCAUUGCCGAAGUGCUUGUGACCACGGAGAGAAGAGGUGCUGUUUCCCAGAACCUCAGAUCGGUCCAACUCUCCAGUCUUAAAGAGGUUCCGAUCCGUCACGGCAAGAUGGCUUCACGGCCAUCCAAACCAGAAACCAACGCUUCAGAAGUAAUGGAAGUCAAAGCCAUGGACCAGGAACCCAUUGAAAUCAGCAGCGGGACGGAUUGCGAAGACGAAGAAGUGGCUAAAGAAGAACCAAACCCAGCUGGUGAAGGACCUGCCGCGCCAACGAACAAACUGGACGAGCAGGAAAAAGCAUCUCCAACUUCAGAGCAACGUUUGGAAAAUGGAGAUUCCAAAGUGGAAGAACCCAAAGAGAAGGGUUUGGAUGAAACUGGUCCAAUUCAAGAAAUGGAAGGAACUGGCCCAAGUAAAGAGUUGGAAGAAACUGGUCCAAUUCGAAAUGUGGAUACUGUUGACCAGAAAGCAUCUGAGACUCUACCAGUCCAGAAGACGUCCCCAGAUGAGAGUCUACCAGUCCAGAAGACGUCCCCAGAUGAGAGUCUACCAGUCCAGAAGACGUCCCCAGAUGAGAGUCUACCAGUCCAGAAGACGUCCCCAGAUAAGACCCUACCAGUCCAGAAGACGUCACCAGAUGAGACUCUACCAGUCCAGAAGACGUCCCCAGAUGAGACCCUACCAGUCCAGAAGACGUCCCCAGAUGAGACCCUACCAGUCCAGAAGACGUCCCCAGAUGAGACCCUACCAGUCCAGAAGACGUCCCCAGAUGAGACCCUACCAGUCCAGAAGACGUCCCCAGAUGAGACCCUACCAGUCCAGAAGACGUCCCCAGAUGAGAGUCUACCAGUCCAGAAGACGUCCCCAGAUGAGACCCUACCAGUCCAGAAAACGUCCCCAGAUGAGAGUCUACCAGUCCAGAAGACGUCACCAGAUGAGACCCUACCAGUCCAGAAGACGUCACCAGAUGAGACCCUACCAGUCCAGAAGACGUCACCAGAUGAGAGUCUACCAGUCCAGAAGACGUCACCAGAUGAGACCCUACCAGUCCAGAAGACGUCACCAGAUGAGACCCUACCAGUCCAGAAGACGUCCCCAGAUGAGAGUCUACCAGUCCAGAAGACGUCACCAGAUGAGACCCUACCAGUCCAGAAGACGUCACCAGAUGAGACCCUACCAGUCCAGAAGACGUCACCAGAUGAGACCCUACCAGUCCAGAAGACGUCCCCAGAUGAGAGUCUACCAGUCCAGAAGACGUCACCAGAUGAGAGUCUACCACAGAGAGACGGUGGACAUUCCCAACCUGAGCAAGAGGCCUCUGGACAAACUGAGAAUUGUGUUGAGAACGAGGUGGUGUCUGAUGCUGCGAUGGAGCAGGAUGGAUCUGUUCUGGUCCCUGAGGACGUGUGUAUGGGAAGUGCAGAGGCUGAGGCGACACCAGGGGGCGCUGUGGCUGAGAACACCGAGACAUGUAGAGAAGAGGAGACAGAGACGACUGGGGACACGGCAGCAGAGAUGAUGGAUGUGUCAGACGCCGAACAAGUCCCAGGGAAAGAUGAUGGUGUUGUGUUUCCUCAGAAGUUUGCCGAGGCUCUGUCUAAACUCGCUAGCCACGCCUUUCGACAAAUUCCAAACUCUACAAUACUUUCUCCAGGAUUCCGGUACAUGAAGGGCUUCGUGGGCAACGUGAUGCAGCUCAGUAACCUCCCGGAGCUGGACCCUGAGGACCCCUACACCCAACAAGAGCUGGUGGACAUCCUCACACCGUUUGGGUUCAUCCACGAGUUCAACAGCAUCUACAUCCUCCCCCAGUGCAGAAUGAAUGGUAUGUCCCACCUGUCUCCUCCCCCAGUGCAGAAUGGUACGUCCCACCUGCCUCCUCCCCCAGUGCAGAAUGGUACAUUCCACCUGCCUCCUCCCUUAGUGCAGAAUGGUAUGUCCCACCUGUCUCCUCCCCCAGUGCAGAAUGUGCAGAAUGGUACGUCCCACCUGCCUCCUCCCCCAGUGCAGAAUGGUACGUCCCACCUGUCUCCUCCCCCAGGGCAGAAUGAUAUGUCCCACCUGUCUCCUCCCCCAGUGCAGAAUUUUAUGUCCCACCUGUCUCCUCCCCAGUGCAGAAUGAAUGAUACGUCCCACCUGUCUCCUCCCCCAGUGCAGAAUGAUACGUCCCACCUGUCUCCUCCCGCAGUGCAGAAUGGUAUGUCCCACCUGUCUCCUCCCCCAGUGCAGAAUGGUACGUCCCACCUGUCUCCUCCCCCAGUGCAGAAUGAUACGUCCCACCUGUCUCCUCCCCCAGUGCAGAAUGAAUGGUACGUCCCACCUGCCUCCUCCCACAGUGCAGAAUGGUACGUCCCACCUGCCUCCUCCCCCAGUGUAGAAUGGUACGUCCCACCUGCCUCCUCCCGCAGUGCAGAAUGGUACGUCCCACCUGCCUCCUCCCCCAGUGCAGAAUGCUAUGUCCCACCUGUCUCCUCCCCAGUGCAGAAUGGUACGUCCCACCUGUCUCCUGCCCCAGUGCAGAAUGGUAUGUCCCACCUGUCUCCUCCCCCAGUGCAGAAUGGUAUGUCCCACCUGUCUCCUCCCCCAGUGCAGAAUGGUACAUCCCACCUGCCUCCUCCCCCAGUGCAGAAUGUUAUGUCCCACCUGUCUCCUCCCCCAGUGCAGAAUGUUAUGUCCCACCUGUCUCCUGCCCCAGUGCAGAAUGGUACGUCCCACCUGCCUCCUCCCUUAGUGCAGAAUGGUAUGUCCCACCUGCCUCCUCCCCCAGUGCAGAAUGCUAUGUCCCACCUGUCUCCUCCCGCAGUGCAGAAUGGUACGUCCCACCUGUCUCCUCCCCCAGUGCAGAAUGGUACGUCCCACUUGCCUCCUCUCCCAGUGCAGAAUGGUAUGUCCCACCUGCCUCCUCCCCCAGUGCAGAAAGUUAUGUUCCCACCUGCCUCCUCCCCCAGUGCAGAAUGGUACGUCCCACCUGCCUCCUCUCCCUGUGCAGAAUGGUACGUCCCACCUGCCUCCUCCCGCAGUGCAGAAUGGUAUGUCCCACCUGCCUCCUCCCCCAGUGCAGAAUGGUAUGUCCCACCUGUCUCCUCCCCCAGUGCAGAAUGGUACGUCCCACCUGCCUCCUCCCCCAGUGCAGAAUGGUACACCCCACCUGCCUCCUCCCUUAGUGCAGAAUGGUAUGUCCCACCUGCCUCCUCCCCCAGUGCAGAAUGGUACGUACCACCUGUCUCCUCCCCCAGUGCAGAAUGUUAUGUCCCACCUGUCUCCUCCCCCAGUGCAGAAUGUUAUGUCCCACCUGUCUCCUCCCCAGUGCAGAAUGGUACGUCCCACCUGUCUCCUGCCCCAGUGCAGAAUGGUAUGUCCCACCUGUCUCCUCCCCCAGUGCAGAAUGAUACGUCCCACCUGUCUCCUCCCCCAGUGCAGAAUGAUACGUCCCACCUGUCUCCUCCCGCAGUGCAGAAUGGUACGUCCCACCUGUCUCCUCCCCCAGUGCAGAAUGAUACGUCCCACCUGUCUCCUCCCCCAGUGCAGAAUGGUACGUCCCACCUGUCUCCUCCCCCAGUGCAGAAUGGUACGUCCCACCUAUCUCCUCCCCCAGUGCAGAAUGGUACGUCCCACCUGCCUCCUCCCGCAGUGCAGAAUGUGCAGAAUGGUACGUCCCACCUGCCUCCUGCCCCAGUGCAGAAUGGUAUGUCCCACCUGUCUCCUCCCCCAGUGCAGAAUGGUAUGUCCCACCUGUCUCCUCCCCCAGUGCAGAAUGGUACAUCCCACCUGCCUCCUCCCCCAGUGCAGAAUGUUAUGUCCCACCUGUCUCCUCCCCCAGUGCAGAAUGGUACGUCCCACUUGCCUCCUCUCCCAGUGCAGAAUGGUAUGUCCCACCUGCCUCCUCCCCCAGUGCAGAAUGGUACGUCCCACCUGCCUCCUCUCCCUGUGCAGAAUGGUACGUCCCACCUGCCUCUUCCCGCAGUGCAGAAUGGUAUGUCCCACCUGCCUCCUCCCCCAGUGCAGAAUGGUAUGUCCCACCUGUCUCCUCCCCCAGUGCAGAAUGGUACGUCCCACCUGCCUCCUCCCCCAGUGCAGAAUGGUACACCCCACCUGCCUCCUCCCUUAGUGCAGAAUGGUAUGUCCCACCUGCCUCCUCCCCCAGUGCAGAAUGGUACGUACCACCUGUCUCCUCCCCCAGUGCAGAAUGUUAUGUCCCACCUGUCUCCUCCCCCAGUGCAGAAUGUUAUGUCCCACCUGUCUCCUCCCCCAGUGCAGAAUGUUAUGUCCCACCUGUCUCCUCCCCCAGUGCAGAAUGUUAUGUCCCACCUGUCUCCUGCCCCAGUGCAGAAUGGUACGUCCCACCUGCCUCCUCCCUUAGUGCAGAAUGGUAUGUCCCACCUGCCUCCUCCCCCAGUGCAGAAUGUUAUGUCCCACCUGUCUCCUCCCCCAGUGCAGAAUGUGCAGAAUGGUAUGUCCCACCUGCCUCCUCCCCCAGUGCAGAAUGGUACGUCCCACCUGCCUCCUCCCCCAGUGCAGAAUGAUAUGUUCCCACCUGCCUCCUCCCCCAGUGCAGAAUGGUACGUCCCACCUGCCUCCUCUCCCUGUGCAGAAUGGUACGUCCCACCUGCCUCCUCCCGCAGUGCAGAAUGGUAUGUCCCACCUGCCUCCUCCCGCAGUGCAGAAUGGUAUGUCCCACCUGUCUCCUCCCCCAGUGCAGAAUGGUACGUCGCACCUGCCUCCUCCCCCAGUGACGCACUUGUCUCCUCCCCAGUGCAGAAUGAUAUGUCCCACCUGCCUCCUCCCCCAGUGCAGAAUGUGCAGAAUGAUAUGUCCCACCUGUCUCCUCCCCCUGUGCAGAAUGAUAUGUCCCACCUGUCUCCUCCCCCAGUGCAGAAUGGUACGUCCCACCUGUCUCCUCCCCCAGUGCAGAAUGGUAUGUCCCACCUUGUCUCCUCCCCAGUGCAGAAUGAUAUGUCCCACCUGUCUCCUCCCCCAGUGCAGAAUGGUAUGUCCCACCUGUCUCCUCCCCCAGUGCAGAAUGGUACGUCCCACCUGCCUCCUCCCCCAGUGACGCACCUGCCUCCUCCCCCAGUGCAGAAUGCUAUGUCCCACCUGUCUCCUCCCCCAGUGCAGAAUGUUAUGUCCCACCUGUCUCCUCCCCCAGUGCAGAAUGGUACGUCCCACCUGCCUCCUCUCCCAGUGCAGAAUGGUAUGUCCCACCUGCCUCCUCCCCCAGUGCAGAAUGGUAUGUUCCCACCUGCCUCCUCCCCCAGUGCAGAAUGGUACGUCCCACCUGUCUCCUCCCCAGUGCAGAAUGGUACGUCCCACCUGCCUCCUCCCGCAGUGCAGAAUGGUACGUCCCACCUGCCUCCUCCCGCAGUGCAGAAUGGUAUGUCCCACCUGCCUCCUCUCCCUGUGCAGAAUGUACGUCCCACCUGCCUCCUCCCGCAGUGCAGAAUGGCUUUGAUCUCGAUGCCGGACCAGAUAAUGAUGAGGAACCUUCUGAAGGAGAUGUGCAGCGUCCAGCAGAUCAUGUUCAGAGGUCGACAGCUGCAGCCGCGCAUCAUCACCAACAAGUUCUCCUUCGCCCCACUGGAGUUCUACAAGUUCUUGAAGCACUUGUGCUACUCAAUUAGCGGUGUGAAAAGCUUCACGGCCCCUGACAAAAUGUUCUACUUCUCGGACAUUUCACACAACGACCAGAAGCGUCUGGAGGAGAGGAUCGCUGCUAUCGGCAACGUCACGGACUACCUCCCUCUGGUCAACAAGGUGUUUGUGGAGUUCGAGACGCACCAGGCGGCGGAUGCUCUGGGCGUUUACCACAGUCUCCUUAAAACACCGUGUUCGUAUCGGCUCUUCAGGAUGAUGCCCCCCCCCGGGCAGCCCUGCCUCCUGGACCGGAAAACGGCGAUGUCUGCGCUGCCGGCCGCCUCUGAGAUCCUCCCUGGAGUCACAAUGCCGACCUGGAAGCAGCUUCCAAAGAAUCACAGUGGGCCUUUCUGGGUCACCAUGAACACAGAGCCCUUCUUCUUCCCCACACUCACGCCCUGGUUCAGCAUCCCAGAUCAUGAGGUCAUAGGGCCGUCCAUAAAAGCACUGCACUCCAGACCAUGGGAGCACAGGGCUGUCAUGCUCACGUCGUUACCAGUGAAGCGGCUCAGUCACGAGGAGGUGGCUCAGCUGGUGUGGCCUCUGACCCUCAGGACCAUGGACUGUCUGUACUACAGCAUCACUGUGCUGCCCCUGCAGAGACGGGCUUUGAUCCAGUUUCCAGACAAAGAAAAGUGUCUGAUGUUUGCAGAGAACUAUCUGAGAAACCUCUACAGAAUCAGAGAAUCCUCUGUCAAAGGUGUCAUCCUCACCAACCACUGCGUCAAGUACUCAGAGGAUGAAAUGUACGUCUCACUGCUGCGGCUCAGCAACACUAACGUGGGCUCGCUGGAGCGGCUCCCGGAGAGGCUGCUGUGUGUGUUUGUGUCUCUGUUCUGCUUCGACGUGGUCCGGCUGGUCCUGGACCUGGUCCGCUCUGUGGCCCCCCUCCUCAGCCACCUGCCACUGACCAACAGGAUCUGUAUUGAAAUGGCAGAGGAGAAGGACAUUCCCCAAGUUCAGAAACUGCUGCGCAGCUUCAGGCCUGAGUCCAAGUGGGAGCAGAAGAUCUGGAGCCAAGUGUUAGCUGUGGAGACGUGCCUGGAGCUGAAAGAGCGGCAGAAGGGGUGGAAGGAGCUCAGGGUGAGACUGACCCGUGAGCCUCGUCUGUGCCCGCACAAGAGACCAGCAACAACCAGACUAGAACAACCCAAUGAGGACCAGAGACCAGAGCGAGAGAAACCGCCACAGAAGCAGAGCACAGCAGAGGAACCAGGACCCGAAGAAGAACAGAAGGAGACAGGACCAGCAGAGGAACCAGAGAAACCAGGACUAGCAGGGGAACACGAGGAGACUGAAGGUCCAGACAAUAAACCAAAAAAGACCUCAGAUGGAUCUUCCAAAGACUCAGACUUUCCUGAAGUCUUCUACAAAACUCUGAUCCUUGAUUUGAGGGAUCACAGGCUCAGCAGGCCGCCGUCUGACAGCGAGCAGGACAACAGCAAGAGUCAAACGUCAGAGAAAAGUGGCCAUCGCAGCUCGUCCAGACGUGUCCCCUUCGAGGACAUGUCAGACUUUGUGACGGUCGACGAAAUCUCAGAGAACCACAGCAGCUCCAGCCGCUACCACCACUCCUCCUCCAGCUCCCGCAGAGACUCCGACAGAGACCGACAUAGAGACUCCGACAGAGACCGACAUAGAGACUCCGACAGAGACCGACAUAGGGACAGAGACCACACGUCCUCUCGGUCUUCCAGAGAAUCCACGUGGCAUCCUUCGUCUUCCAGCUCCAGAUCAGACAGAGAUGGUUUCAAAAGUCCGACUUGCAGCUCCAGUCCUUCGUCUCAGAGAAAAACUAGUGAUUCCAUGAAAUGCCACUCCAGGAGCCGCUCCCACGAGAGGCAUUCAGAAAGAUCGGCCAAGUAUAAACAGGACAGAGAUGCAAAGCCGAGUCUCAAAGCUUCUGAAAAAACCUCAAAAUUGCAGGAAGAGAAGGAGAAAUCACAGCCUUGUUCAACAGUUACUGACUUGGACAAUGACGGCUUCCAAGUUCUUGACAACAUCGAUGAUCAAAGUGAAGAAACCGGAGCUGGUGUUUCAGACGUUUUGCAGUGGGAUUCAGCUGAGGCCAAAGUUAAAAUGGAAGAGGAGAUGAAGGAAUCUUUCAAAGUUCUCGACAGUAUCACUGAUGAACAAGCCAACGAAGAACCAGCUGAGGAACAGCUUCAAGAAGUUCCAUCUACAAACGAUUCAAAACCAGGAGAAAAAAGAAAAAGAGAUGAUGAGGAUGCAGGCGUUACCCCAAAAACUACCAAAAUCGAGGACGAAGAAGGAACUGAAGAGGACACCUUUGAAAUCCUGGAUUCCAUGGAAGACCAAGCUACUGUUGACGAUUUCCAAACAGCUGAAGACGUGUCUAAUCGUGAAAAAUUGGUAGAAAAAGACAAUUUUAAAGUCAUCGAUGAGGUUAGAGAUCAAUCUAAGUCUGAUACUGAAUGCAAGAAUACGAGAUCGACGAGGAGUGGGAGGCAGACCAGGAGUGAAGAGAAAGAGAAACUUCCAAAGCCACAAGUGCGAACGACCAGGCAUUCAGAACCAAGGACCAAACGUGACACAGCCGUUUCCAGAAUCGAAGAGGAAAUGGUUGAAUUUAAAGUUGUUGAUGCUGUGGAAGAGGAACCAGCACGAGAGCAACCAGCACGAGAGGAGACGGUGACCAGAAGACGUAGCACCCGAGGGAGAAGGUCGGACAAGGACGACUCUAUUGAAGACAGUUCUGUGAAAAUAGAUGUAAAUACAAGAGAAAGAAGGUCCAGAUCCACCAAAUCCAACCUUCAUGAAAAAACACAUCAAGAGGAUUCAAAACCAAAUGAACAAGAGCAGAUUGAACACACGUCGUCGAGAGAAGCUGGCGACAAUGAUGCUGUCACGGAUUUGGAACAAGGUGCAUUUCGGAUUUUGGACUCUGUUGAAGAAGACGCUGCAACAAUAUCGGAUUCUGCUGAAAUCAAAGCCGAUGAAAAGGCUAUCGGUGACUUGGAGCAGAAUGUGUUUGAGAUUUUGGAUGAGGUCCAGGAAGAAGUAGCAAUGUCUGAGAAGUCCAAAAAGGGAACUGGAGAGACGCCCUCACGGAGCAGAACCCCAGCGAGAGAGUCCCACGAAACAAAAGCCGAUGGAGGCGUCUACACAGUUGUGGAUUCAGUGGACGAUCGGCCGAGCAGAACAACUCGACAAACACGGUCCUCGAUCAGAGAGAAGUCCUCGGAGACGACGUUAAAAAGCAGCACGGGAACCAAACGUGGAAGGACUCCCGCCAGAGAAGUUAAAACUGAGACACAAGAAGCGAACGAAGAGGAGUUUCAAAUACUCGAUGCCGUGGAAGACGCAGCGGCUCCGCCUCCGAAAGCAAAAAGAGGACGACCGAGAAGACAACCUCAGAAGACUACUCCAAAAACAGACGGGAAAGUCAAAUCUGUGCAGGUGGAAGAACAGACGGUUACUUCUGAGGAUAAUUUACCAAAAGAGGUGGAAGAGGAGGAGCCCAUGUACGAAGUUCUGGAUUCGUUAGAGGAAGACCCAACUCUGGAUGACCCUACUUCAAUGGAUGACCCUACCUCUGAAGGGUCAAAUGAAGCGAAGUCGUCUAGCACAUUGGAAAAAACAAAACUGGAUUGUUCUGUUUCAGUUGUUGAUCUGUCCGUUCAAGAUAUGGCUCUUCUAAAGGAAACUCACGGGGUCAAAACACCGGUUCAGGAAAUGGACGAAUCCAAAAUGGACGAUAUAAAUCAAUCUGGGAGUUUGAGCGUGUCUCAGAAAUCGGACGUUAAGUUGAUCAGUGACGUAGACGUUUGUGAAGCUGAGAAGACGCAGAGACAGUCGACCAGAACGACGAGAUCUACACGGAGUGGGAGGGGCUGUCGCAGUCAAGAGGUGUCGCCCAAACCUCGAACAAGCCGACAAAGUGAAGCCAAACCGGAGGCGGGCGGCAAAGAAACGUCGGCAAACGUAGAAUCAAAGACAGAAAGUUCAGAAUCGAUCACUUUAGGGAUGUUUGGUGAUGAGGACUUUCAGGUUCUGGAUUCUGUUGAAGAUGAAAUGGAGGUUAAAGAACAGACUCCUCGAACUUCGGCCAAAAAGAAGGGAAGGGCUCGCAAGCAGCCCAAGAAGACCGCACCACGGAAGGUUGAGCCAUGUGUGGCUGUGGAGGAACGGGAGGAGUCCAACACGGGAAGCCAAUCCAAGGAUACGUCUGGAACUGCUCUGGAAGAAAGUGUGAAAACUGAGGAAGACGAGCCGCCGCUGUAUGAGGUCGUGGAUGCAGUGGAUGAAGAGGACGACGGCACAUCUGCAGAAGUCAUGGUGGAACAAUGUGAUGAAAACAAUCACGGACUGUUAAGCCAAGACCAAGUCGCCUGUGAGAUCAGACCGGAAACUGAGGAUGGAGAUGGAACGAGAUUGGAUCAGAAAGAUUAUGAAAAUAUAGAAUCGCAACAAGUAGAAACACCUGCAUCAUUUGGAAAUCAUGAUUCAGAAGAAAAACAAGCAUUUCUACAACAUUUGGACCAGAAAAGUUCAAAAGACGUUGAAGAUGCAAGAUCUGUGGAGGAAGGUUGUGAAGCGACAUCGUGUGAACCUAAAGUAGAGACUCAGGAUGAAGACCAAAGGAAGGAGGAAACCAGCAAUCUGCUCAAAAGGACUGGACCAGUAUCGGACAAUGAUGGUUCUGUCGUGGAUGGAGCUGCACCAGAGUCGAGCCACACUGGCCUCACCAGUCCCAGUGUGGAUAUGAAUCUGGAUGCAGUGAGCGACGAGGAGGAUUUCCCGGACGAGGACGGGUUAGUGGUGUUGGAUGAGAUCUUGGAAGACUCGGAGGAGGAGUGUGAGGUGGGGAAGGACGGGCUGGAGGCGGAAGUGGGGCCUGAGCCAGAGGGAUCCGUCCAAGAACCAGGCGUCCAGGGAGACCAGCCAGAGGGAUCCGUCCAAGAACCAGGCGUCCAGGGAGACCAGCCAGAGGGAUCCGUCCAAGAACCAGGCGUCCAGGGAGACCAGCCAGAACCAGCUGAUGCAGACACACUGGAAUCGUCACAAACUCCGGCUGAGGAGGCCACGGCGGCGGGAGAAGCCCCAGACCAACUCAAAUCUGUCAAACGCAAACUGGAAGACGACGCAGAUGAGGUUCUGAACUUUGUGACUGUGGAUGAAGUUGGAGAAGUGGAGGAGCUGACGCCAAGAGGCCGCGGCCGCAGGAGAGGCCGAAAAACCCCAGUGAGAAAAUCAGCUCGAGGUCGAGCAGUGGCCCCUAAAGACGAGGUGCGGCCGGAGCCCAGGUCCAGAGCAGAGUCUGUGGAGAGACCGAGACUGUCAGAGACUGAGAGGCGAGGAGAGGCGAGGGGGCUGCAGCUGGGAGUGGAGGCCGACGUCAGAGUCGGCAGUAAACGCAGCAGUGUCGCCGAGGGACCGCACUCCAAGCGGUCUCGCUCUCAGUCGCCGUCUGCUUCAUCGGACGCCAGGCUCCCGCCGUUCAGACGCAACAACCCGAUCGGUCAGGACUAUGUGGAGCCCAGGACUGGUUUCUUCUGCUCUUUGUGCUCGGUGUUUUAUGAGACUGAGUCGUCGGCGAGAGACCAGCACUGCAGCAGCCGCCGCCACUAUGACAACCUGAAGAAACAUUUGGAGAGAGAGUCCAGAGCAACGAGUCACUGA